AUGCGGCGCCUUCCGCUUCAACAACAACAACAGCAACCACAGCAGUCCUCUUCCUCUUCUACCGACGCUGCGGCGGCGGCGGGGGGGGGGGACGAUCUCCUGUCCAAGCUGGACCUGCUGGUCCAGGCGGACGCCAUGAUCAAGCGUCGCCGCCCCAAGGCCCCGUCGUCUCCCACAGGUGACAAGCCGCAACAGUAUCUACGCAGCGGAAUCUGGUCUCGGGCCGAGGAAGAGUACGCUGCAGCCCUCGUGUCCUACUUCCUGGAAGGGCUCCUGGAUCUGCCCGAGGGCAUGACGCUCCGCAAGUUCCUCCGCGUCUCAAUGAAGCUCGGCACAGAGUCUUUGGCCGGCCAGAAAGUCCCACGCAAAGUUGGCGCCUCGGUAUUUGUAGCUGCCCAACCUCCUCCCAGCAUUGAAGUGCGUGAGGAGGUCGACCGCGUUCUAGCCAAGCUCCGAGAUGCCAGCUUCAGCUCUGGCAUACUAAACAGCCACUACACAGACGACAUGGACGACCGAAAGCUCUCCAGGCAGGACGACCACGACAAUGACAGCUACAGCCACCACAUUUACCACCAGAAGUCGUCCGCGUACGAUCGCAAGAGGAAAGGGACACGCAAAGGACUGAAGCCCAAGCGUGGCAAGCCCACCAUCAUCCGUACAGGGUUCGAGACACCUGAAGAGGAGGAACUGGUCUCGUCACUCUUCGAAUACUUCAUGGCCGGCAUGCUCGACAUCCCUGAAGGUACCAGACUUGUGACCUAUCUGUGCCAGCAACUACCUGCCCCGCAGCGCAUGGGCGAGCACAAGUUUCCGGACAAUGUCGGCUCCAUCACGUACCAGCGCAAGGGUGCAAGGCACACCCGCCUCACCGAGCUGCGCUUAGCUCGCGAGGAGGCGCACAAGAACGCCCCUUUUCCGGUGGUGACGCGCGUCAAGAGCAAGCGCAAGUCCAGCGUGGCAAGUGUGUCCAGCACGGGAACAGCCAGCAUUGCCAGCACGUCCUGUGCGCUAUUUCGCCGACGCGGUCCAUGGUCUCACGACGAAGAGGUGUUUGUAGCGGCCCUGAUUUGCUUCUUCAAGGGGUUCCUCGACAUCGCUGAGGGCACCACACUUCGCGCUUUUCUGUCGGAGCGGUUGUGCUGCAACCCGAUGCACAUCUCCAAGAAGCUCGCCAGCGAGUCCAUUGCGGAGAUCCGCAUCCCGAAGAAGCUGGGGUCCUCUAUCUACGUCCGCCACGGUGGUGUGACGAUGGAAGAGCACUUGGAGGCGGAGGAGGAUUUGCAGAAGCUUCAGGACAGGUACAUGAAUUCCAGUACGACAAAGAGCCGCCGCAUGGUCGGCUCCAAACGCCCGCGUCAACCUCGCGUGCGUCGCCCACUGGUCUCCGCAAUCGGAACGGACUCGGACACUGAGAUGGACUCAGACGGGCACAGUGGCGCGUUCAACCGGGGAAUGAGCCCCGAGAAGCUCCAGAAGACAGCGGGGGCUCACUCGCCAGCCCACGAAGCGCGGAGGCAAGGGUUCCAGGCCCCCCACGCUUCUCCGGAGCUAGUGGUGUCAGCCCCGCUCAAGCAGCAACUGGCGUAA